AUGGCUUAACACGGAAUCGAAUAAUUAGAAGUAAGCAUUCAAUCUGACUUAAUCUAACAACGAACAGAAUAAAUCUAUAUUGCUAGCCUAGUAAAAUCAAAUAUAUAAUUUAUAGUAAAAUCUUCAAAAUUAUAAAAUUGAGGAAGCCUUGGAAUUAAUAGAUGAAGCAUUAAAGCUUAAUCCUUUAUUUUCAUAAGCAUUUAUUUCGAGAGGUUUCGUAAAUAUUACAAAUAAUAGGAGAAUUAUACUUAGGUAAAAACAUGGAUGAUUGGACAGUUGAGGAUGCAAUAAAAGUUGGAAGCUUAAGCAUAUUGAGGAACGGCAGCUUUGAUUAAAAAAGUAGUAACUAUUUAAAUUAUUUUAGCAAAAGGGAUCAGUCAAAAAGAUUUAUUGAUUGAAGCAUUAUAAAAUUAUUAGUAUUCUAUUCAACUCACUCCUUAAUAUGGUUUGAUAUUCUAGAGAAUAGGUGAGAACUUUUUUAAAACUUUUAGGCAGAGCAAUAGGGGAAUUGGGUAAUUAUAAUGAUGAAUUGAGAUACUAUGAUAAAGCAAUUGAAAUUGAUGAUCAAUGUUAAUUGGCUUAUUAUAAAAGAGGUAACGAUUAAUAUUAAAUAGGAAUUCUGAAUGAUGAGAUUGGAAACAAAGAUUAGGCUCUUAUAGAUUAUACCAAGGCCAUAGACUUGGAUCCAAAAAAUAUACAGGCAUAUGCUUAAAGAGGUAUCAAUACCCUUUUAUAUUUAAUAGGAAAUUUAUAAUAUUAUUUGGGGAAUUGGGAUAAGGCCCUAAUAGAUUUUAACAAAACUAUUGAACUAGAUCCUCAAUAGUCUUUUACUUACUAUAACAGAGGUAUUAAUUGGAUAAUAAUAGAUAGGGGUUUUCUAUUAAAAUUCAGGAAAUAAUGAUUAGGCACUAAUUGAUUUAAACUAAGCUAUUGAUUUAGAUCCUCAUAUAUUUUAAGCUUAUCAUCAGAGAGGUAAAUCAAUUUCUAAUCCUGAGUAGCAAUUCUAUAUCAUGACAGAGGAAAUUAAGAUUAAGCACUUUUUGAUUAUACUAAGGCAAUUGAACUGUAUCCGUAUGAUGCAAAAUUCUACUUUAAUAGGGGUAAUCAAAAAAUGCUAUAUGGCUAGGAAUUUUAUACAACAACAUGGGAUAAAUUGAUAAGGGCAUUUUAGAUUUUAGCAAAUCUAUUGAAUUGAAUCCCUAUAAUGCUAAGGCUUAUUACAGUAGAGGUUUUAAACUUAAAGCUAUAGAGUAGGACUUUUAGAAUACGAAAUUGGAAAUACAGCUCAGACACUUCUGGAUUAUACUAAGGCGAUCGAAUUGGAUCCCAAUUAUGCAUCGUUUUUUUAUAACAGAGGUAAUUAAACUUUGUGUUGAGUAGGAUUUUUAUAUUAGCAAAUGGGAAAUAAGAACCUAGCACUAGAUGAUUAUAACAGAGCUAUUGAAUUGGACCCUGAGGACCCUUAAAGUUAUUGUAACAGAGGUAGCUAUCUAUUCAAUACUUAAUAGGAAUGAUCUUCAAAGAAAUUGAUGAACUAGACAAGGCACUAAUUGAUUAUAACAAAGCGAUUGAGUUGAAUCCAUAGGAUGCUGCUUUUUAUUUUAAUCGAGGUACUCAAUUUUUCAUGAUAUCUAUAGGGAUUUUAUAUAAUAAAAUGGGAAAUAAAUAUUUAUCUCUCUCAGAUUAUAACUAGGCUAUUGAUUUAGAUCCUAAUAAUGUUUAGGCUUAUUAUAACAGAGGUUAUCAAUACAUCUUAUCGAAUAGGAGCUCUUCACUUAAUAAUGGAGAAUAAAGCUUAAGCAGUGUUAGAUUUUAAUAAGGCUAUUGAAUUGGAUCCUAGAGAUGAAUCAUCAUAUUCUUACAGAGGUUAUCAAUUACUAUAUGGAAGGACUUAUAUAUUAGAAAAUGGGGGAUAAGAAUUAAGCACUCUAAGACUAUGACAAAGCAAUUGAAUUGAAUCCUAAAAACCCGUUGCUUUAUUAUUAAAGAGGUUAUUAGAAUAUUCUAGUGACUAGGAGUUCUAUAGAGCGAAAUUGGAAAUAAGGAUCAGGCCCUAAUAGAUUAUAAUUCAAGUAUAGCAUUGGAUUCUAAUAAUUCCAAUAUUUAUACUAACAGAGGUAAUUAAGCUAUUAAGUGUGAAAGGUGCUCUUUUGAAAGAACUUAAUUAAAACGAUAAAGCAUUUUAAGAUUACAAUAAGGCACUUGAGUUGGAUUCUAAUAAUCUGUUUGCUCUUGCCAAUUUAGGUGAUCUAUAUUAUAUAAGGUAAAAUUAUACUCUAUCGUUUGAUUAAUAUUACCGAGUCAUUAAUUUAUUGAUAAAUAUAAAAUCUCAGCAAAUCAAUCAGUUGAAUUUAUAGGAAUGGCAUGCCUUCAUAAUUCAAGAAAAAUUCAAAUUACUCCAGGAAAUUUAAGACAGCGCUGUUUAGUUAAGAUUAGAACUCUAAAAACCACCAAGCCAAUCGAAUUAUGAUUAAUCCUCGAUAAAUGAUAUUAAAAGAUAAUUUCGUUGCUUAGAGAGAAAAAUAAAAAUAUAAUUGAAACCAUAAACAGAAUUUUCAAAGCUGGAAAAAAAGUAACAAGAGCUUUUUUAAUUAUUAUCGACUAAAGAAGAUAUGAUUAGCUUAAUAAAUAGGUGGCUUAAUCACUUCAAAUGACAGUGUAAUAAAACCCUACUGUUCAAUUAGAGAAAGAAGCUAAAUUGAAGCGAAUGGAUGACUAAUUUAUUGAAGAAGACUCUCUUUACUUCACAAAGUUGAAAAUAAUCAUUAAUUAUAUUAUUACAAUGCUUUGUUUUAAUCUUUGUAUUGCACUCUAUAAGUAAUCCUAGAGAAUUAAUAAGAAUUAUCACAAAUAAAUAAGGAUCAUCUAAUUGAAAAUUAAUGAAAAAUAUUAGAAGGAAUAAAUGAUUAAAUUUUAACUCUUAAACCAAAGAUUGAAAUAGAUGGAGAAGCAUUUGACCUUGUAUAUUAAGCCUUAGAUAAUUGAUAUAAUCUGAAAAGAAAAAUAAAAUUUAGGUUAGGCUUCAUAGAUUGACCAAUAUAUUUAAAUUCUAGACCAAACCAAUCUCUUCGAUCUAGAAAAAGAACUCAAAUAGCUAUUAUUGAACUUGCAAUGUAAUAAUCAAAGGAUUUGUAGGAGGAAAGUAAUUCAUAGUUAGGUGAAUUUGUAACAAAACUAAGCACUGCAAAAUACCAAAAAGAGCAAAAUGUGCAUUAAAAAACUGGAAUCCAUGAUGCUUUGAUCAUUAUCAAAUAUUUAGGGGAUAGGUCAGUGUCAGUUAAGGAGAUGAAUGACAAUAAACUUAGAGUAUUAAUUUUAGAUGCUCUAGAGAAAAAUAAGAAAUUAAAAGUUUAAUUACAGCACACUGAAAAUCCAAUUAUUUAUGAUUCAUUUGUUAUUGAUACAAAUUCCUCCUGUUAAGCAGCAAAAUAUUUUGCUAUAUUUAAUGAGCUAAUAAUUUUAAUGAAUAUUAUUGAAUUUAUUAUUUAAUAAAACUAUUAGCUCUAUCAGAAAACGUUUGUUACCAUUAUAAAAAUGAAUAUUUAUAACACUAUUAUUAUAAUAGAAUAAACUACAUUUAUAUUAUUCUCUGAUAGUAUUUUAUAGAAUUAAAUUGAAACUGAAGGAUUUAAAUAUUUAUAUUUGUUUGAGAUUCUUAAUCAUUAUCUCGAACAAUCCAAAAUUUAAUAAUCAAUUGUUCUUAGUAUUCAUAGAGCGGCUUUUAAAUUCUUAAAUAUUUUAUUUCUUGGGUCAAAAUUCUCUUUUAACAUAAAAUAUUUUGAAUCUUAAAGUUCUAAAGUGAAUAAAACCUUAAAAAUAAGCGACUUUAAUUAUUAUGGAUUACAACUAUUCUUAAAAAUUCAAUUUGAUUUAAAUCAUAUUUAUAUUGAUACAACAGCGCUAUUACUAUUUCUUCUGGUGCAUAUAGUAAAGUGA